ACAUCCCCCGAAAUCUGCAAAAAUCUCCACGCUAGUCCUCCCCCAACCCGCUCCGCCCCGGUGGCCGCAGCCGCAGCCGCAGCCGCAGCCGCGCGGCGCCACUGCCCACCCAAACCAGACCAAACGGCUCCGCCGCACGGCGCUGUGCAUCCGUCGAUUACCCCCCACAAAAAUCUCCACUCCCCGCCCGCUCUCUUGCAAAUCUUCCCCCCAUGGCCUCCGCCGUUUCGCUCCUCCUCCUCUCAUCCCCGCGCCCGCUCCGCCGCGCCGCGCCGGUGCCCGCGCCGCACUCCCACCUCGCCUCCCAGGCGCGCCUCCCCUCGCUACAUGGCCGAGGCGGCGAGACCGCGCUCGUGGUCGGGGUCGGGGUCCCGCGCGCCGCCCGCCUGCUCGCGCGGCCGCCACGCGCCUCCAACCCGAACAACGACAACGACAACAGCGGCGCUGUGGAGGCGCCCGACCGCCUCGUUGCCGCCGUCGCCUACCUCUACCCGUUCCUCGACGGCGUCCACCACGGCCGCUUCCUCCUAGCGCAGUUCCCGCUCUUCAGCACCCUGCUCAGCCCGCUCGCGCCCGCCGCCCGCCUCUUCCGCUCCUCGCCGCUCACGCCCUUCCUCCUUUUCCUCACCCUCUACUUCGCCGUCGUGCGCAACCAGCAGGCCUUCUCCCGCUUCGUCCGCUUCAACGCCAUGCAGGCCGUCGCGCUCGACGUGCUGCUCAUCUUCCCCGACCUCCUGGUGCAGUCCUUCGCGCCCUCCACCGGCGGCGGGAUCGGCUUCGAGCUCUUCCAGAGCAUGGAGAGCACUGUCUUCCUCUUCCUGCUCGUUUGCCUGGUCUACGGAGGGGGCGCGUGCCUGCUUGGAAAGACGCCACGGCUGCCAAUCGUCGCAGAUGCAGCUGAGCGCCAGGUGAUGUGAUGAGUUUGCUCUAGUUUUACCGGUGAAAAGGAACGAAGAAUCUAUAUGAUACACACAUUCAACUUGACGCCUCAUUGUUGUUAGUAGACCAAUCCACAAGUUCAGAUUAGUACAGUGAUUAUUUACAGCUUUAGUAACCAAUUUAAUGGAUGGAGUUACAGAAGGCUGGU